AGCGCGCUCCAACGAGAGGGGUAAAUUGAAUACAUUUGUCGGUAGUGACACAAGCAUCUCGUUAGACGACCGGGAAGCGAAGAAAAGUAUAAUCCCCAACCCGAAACGACCAUCAACAUGUCUGCCUCGCCAGAGUAUCCCCGCGCAGGGAAGCGUCCUCGUACCCAGUCACUCCCGCCUCCCGCCCUCCCUCAGCUCGUCGCCGAACAAAAUGUCCCCAUCGCUGCGAGCGAUAAGGACACCCAGAGGCUUAUCGUUGUGCUCUCCAACGCCAGCCUCGAAACCUACAAGGCUUCCCAUGGUGGUGGUGCCGGUCGCAUGGGCAUGCAGCGCGAGGACAAGUACUCCCUCCUCAAUAGCGAUGAACAUAUCGGUGUCAUGCGCAAGAUGAACCGUGAUAUCAGCGACGCGAGGCCCGACAUUACGCAUCAGUGCCUCCUGACUCUCCUCGACUCUCCCAUAAACAAGGCUGGAAAGCUCCAAAUAUACAUACAUACCGCGAAGGGUGUCCUGAUCGAGGUUUCGCCGACGGUGCGAAUUCCGCGAACCUUCAAACGCUUCGCUGGUUUGAUGGUUCAACUUCUCCACCGCUUGUCUAUUCGGUCCACAAACUCGCAAGAGAAGCUAUUACGUGUCAUCCAAAACCCCAUCACCGACCAUCUACCGCCAAAUUGUCGUAAGGUUACUCUUAGCUUUGACGAGCAGAUCGUGCGACCGAGAGACUAUAUUCAAAACCUUAAGCCCAAGGAGAGCAUUUGUGUUUUUGUUGGUGCCAUGGCUAAAGGUUCCGACAACUUCGCCGAUGAGUACGUAGACGAGAAGAUCGCGAUCAGUAACUACAGUCUGUCGGCUAGCGUUGCCUGCAGCAAGUUUUGCCACGCUGCUGAAGAUGUUUGGGAUAUUAUAUAAGCCCGCUUCCGGAUCCUCCGUGAGACAUUAGUACAUGUCUUCAUAAUGUGUGGGAUGAAUGGGCGGUGGUGCAUAUGAGGUUGCCAUGAGCGGUCGACGGUCUCUGCAGGAUCUGUCAUACAACAUUGCGGUGAAUGCAGGCGUCCCUAGAGCUUGGGUCCACGAGUUUUUCUGUCUCUGUUUUUACAACCAAAACAUCAGGCGUUCAACAUGAGAUCCAAGACGUUUUCACCGUCUCGGCGGGCCAAUUCAACCUAGCCCGCCAUUUUCCCUUCGUAUUCUCUUGUCUUCUAUUCUAUAGUAGACCGUCGGGACACCCGCACCCAUCCCCUCGUUCCUAAAUCGGCGUUCUGAUAUGUACCGGCCCCAGGGUUUGACCUUGGUCCAUAA